AUGGACUGCACAGAAUGGGAGGAGCCGGCUGGUUCGCCAAAAGAUGCUGAAGCGAUGGAUAUCGACUUUACAGAGGAUCUUCGGCAAGUGAGAGUAUGCGAAUAUGAUCAGGAAACUCUGCCAUCGACAUCUCAAAGUUAUCAGCCAUUUGCCGGUUUUUCGGGUGCCAGUCGAAGCUGUGUAGUUUUUGAUACCUGUGCCUUGAUUGAUGAUUCCGAUCUCAUUCAUGAUUGCAUUUCAAAACUUGUUUUUGUGGUCAUUCCUUAUCGGGUCUUUUACGAGUUGGACAGAAUGAAAAAACUUACCUCGAAUUCUGAGUCAGCAGUUGAACUGCGACGAGAAACAAGAGCUAUCGUGGACAGGGCGCCCACUCCUGUGCUUCCUGAGAAGCGAGAAGACAACUCUUUUCUGAAUGAAAACAGGUCAAGCAAUUCAAUUACUAAGGCAGAUGCGGAUCCUAAUCGUAAAUUAGUAAAUGAAUGA